AUGAACACCACCUUCGCGCUGCUGCCGGCCGGCCGGUCCCCGGCGACCUACCGCCUAGCGGAGGCGUUGUCGGCAGGCGCCAUUCCCGUCUUCAUCCACCAGGACUUCGUCAAGCCGUUCCCUGGGCAAAUUCCUUGGUCGGAGUUUUCGUUUUCUUUCCCGCCGGAGGAAGCGCCGCGAAUUUUGGAAACCUUGAGAGCUGUGCCUGACAAGAAGCUGGCGCAGAUGCAGGUGACCGCUCUCGAGGUCUUCGACACGUACUUCGGGCCCGGGAUGGGGAAUAUGCUGCACACCGUGCUCGACAUCUUGGAGGACCGGCUACACUUCCGGGCGCGAAGACGGAGUCGGCGGCGAUGACACGACGACGCGUGCCCUAACGUUGUUGUCACCUCUCUUGCCACACCGAUUGUCCUCUUCACUUGCAGCCAUCCCCUGUGCGAGAGUGAGCGAGGUUUUGCUCGGGUUGGCCUUUUGCUCGCGUAUUAUAUGUAAGGGGCGAGAAGGGGCGGUUGGAACAUCGGCUGGGCAAUACAGAGCGAGGAAACUUGUGAACGAGAGACGGCUCCUGGAUGGGUGUCGCGCGUUUCGAUUUCAAUGUCCCUUGGGCUUGUUUUCCCUGUUUUUGUCGAAUCCUGUGCCUGUUGCGUGGAGAGAAUAAUCGAUUCAGAAUGUCAAAAAGAGCUCCCAAACUGCUGUAGUGGAAGACUGUGAAAGGCCCGGCCGCCGUAGAGAGUAGUGGGGUUUGGUCUAGCGGCCGGGGCGGGAUACACGGUGCCCUUCGAUUUAGAGAAAAGGUGCCCGCGAUUUUAGCGCACCGAAGCUCCUUGUAUUAGUAAAUGCCAUAGCACCGCUGCACCCGCGCUUAGCGCGAGACAAGUGGGUACAGGUUUGUGUUUUGGCUUGUUCGUUAGGUCCGCUGGGCUCUUGGAGUCAAGAUACGCCAGCCGUGUAAAAAGCUGUUUGAGCCCGGGGACCGCCACACUGGUCGCUGGGAGGCAGCUAUGGGCUGGUCCUGCUGCCUUCCUUCUAUUUUCGUCUUGCAUGACCGUUGCCCUAGAUGACAUGUUCGUCUCCCGCGUUAACUGCGGAGGGUCUUUUGUAGAUUAUGUUCUAAAAAUAUCAACCAGGAAGCGGAUCUGUAUUGUUCAUACAUUUUAUUGCAUUUUUCCGAAGUUAUUCUUUAUUAUUAUUUUCCUCGAAGUCUGGAAGGUAACUCUCUGGCCAAUCACGAGGGGACGACACCGGUCGCUUCCCUCUCUCCUCCAGAGUCCAAGUUCCCCUUCCAUGUCAGCUGGCAGGCCCUAACAAAGUGGCGUCUCAGUACACCAAGACCCCCAAUGGUACUCCAUGCCAUUGACAUCCACCAACAUCGACGUUUAGUGGGAUGGCAUUCUGUCCCCUUGCCCGUAUCUUCGUGUAUGCUAACCCUUCUUCUGCUCCGUCUUCUUCCCCUUCGCCAGUUUACGGAAUACCAUGUCUACGUCCACCAUGUUAUUCCUAGCAUCUAUCUUAAACGUUACCCGAACCUUCCUUCCAUCUACCCUCUCUCUGUAUUAUUCUGUCCGGUACGUCUCCUCCUGCUACCAUCGUGGUGGCGGCCCCGAUUCUCAACGAAUGCAAGCCAACCUGUCUCGGGUCGCCACCUGCCUUCUACACAAUCUGUCGAAGGGCGCUAAGAGUUUUUGGAGUAUCCCCAAACCUUAACCGUAUUGCUCCUCCUACAGCGAAACGAGCACAGAGGGGCGUCCUCAGGUAAAGCGAGAUGGCACGCCAUCAAUUCCACCAGCAUCGCCACCCCACCGCCACCGGCUCACAAUCUGAGAGCUCGCGCCUCGUGCUAUAUACGCGCACCCGUGUAACGCACGCCCCCGUCUCCGACCGAUCCCCCUUGUGGCCGCGAAACCGAACCCGAACUCCUGUGGCCUUGUGCCAGUGCAACGGGGCGAGCACGUGCUCCCCAUCAAAGAAUUCGACGUCGCUACGCCGCAAACAAUGCACCUGGUGGCAUUGUCCCGACAGCGUGGCAAAAACCUCAUCUGAACGAGCCACCAGGAAAUACGACAACGCCAAACACAGCCACAACACGCGGCCACCUGUACCCCACGCCGCCGUCAACUG